AUGGCGUCAAGUUUGCACCAAUGGGUAUCCAACCCUCUGUUUCCAGAUAAAGAGGCCGUCCAAGACUCCCAUGAGAGUUAUAUGGAGGAUGCGAACAAGAACAAUGAUCAAAUUCUGAUUACUGAUUAUACGUCAAAUCUUGGCAUUGAGUUUGGUUCUGAACAAGAGUUAGAUGCUGCAAAACAGUUAACAAAUAUUUUUUGGGCAGAUACGCAAAUGAUUGUUGAUUAUGAGUUAUUUGGCAAUGUAGUUUCUUUUAAUAUGAUAUACAAAACUAAUAAGGAAUAUCGACUGCUUGCAAUGUUUGUUGGGUUUAAUCAUCAUAGAGAGGUUGUAAUAUUUAGGGCUGCAUUUCUAUACAAUGAAACUAUACAAUCCUUCGAGUGGUUGUUUGAAACUUUCUUUGAGGCAGUGUCGAGGAAGAAACCAAAUACAAUCUUUACUGAUCAAGAUCUAGCAAUGGCAAAAGCUAUCUCAUUGGUGAUGCCUAAUACUUACCAUCGAUUGUGUACGUGA